UGCCUGAGGUCAGAGUUGCGAAGCCGAAGGGAGGAGUUUGGAAGGGUGAAAGAUGGCGGAUAAAGAGAAGAAAAAGAAGGAGAGUAUAUUUGACUUGUCGAAAUACAUCGAUAAGACCAUUCGAGUGAAGUUUCAGGGUGGACGAGAAGCCAGUGGGAUCCUGAAAGGGUUUGACCCCCUGUUGAACCUGGUGCUGGACGGCACUAUUGAGUACAUGAGAGAUCCUGACGAUCAGUUCAAGCUGACCGAGGACACCAGGCAGCUGGGGCUGGUGGUGUGCAGAGGGACCUCUGUGGUGCUCAUCAGCCCUCAUGACGGCAUGGAGGCAAUUCCCAACCCUUUCGUUCAGCAGCAGGAUGGUUAGGGGGUGUGUGGAGCCGCCCCUGCCCCAGCGAUCGCAGCGGUAACAUUCCCGCGCAAAAACAUCUCCCUCUCUUUCUCACUAGUCAUCAUCCAGGGAUAUCAACCAACCAAAUCCGUAUCCAAGAACAGUGAACUCCUAGUGUUCCGUCACAGAAUCCCUUAUUGUAUUCCAUCCUGGUAAACACGGUGUUCCCUGGACUUCAGUCCCAAAGGGAGACCUGAUCUUUCUCAUCAGAUAGCCCUGCAUUUAGAUGGUGGGAGCAAAAUCCUGCAGAAAUGCCUGCAAAGAAUUGUAUUUUUUGUGGUUUACACCCCUGGAGAAUCUUGCUUGUUUGAAGAUGGUGAGGUGGAGAAUAACCCUGUAGGUACGCUUGCAAUUAUGUUGGGUUUACAAGAGAACUCUUUAAGCGUGGUUUAAAUAUUUGAAUACAAGGUUUGUAUGUGUGGGUAGGUUUGGUAGGCAGACAGUGUGUUUAGUUUGUGAAGCAAAAUUUGAAUAGGUUUAACUAUCGUUUGCACAGUCUGUGUGAGCCCAGUGAGAAUCUUUUUUAAUUUUUUUU